AUGCUAUCACGUUACCUCGACGAGUUAACGACAUAUGCUGAGACUGUGUCUGAUGACGUCGAGGCGCGGUUCGAAAGCCUGACCAUAUACAGUGCAGACGGCUCGGACGCCGGGGAUGUAUGGGAGACGUGCCAGAACGAGGACAGCAGAGAAAGAAACAAUUGCGUGAGCUCAAGACCAAAUUCACCCGAUAUUCACGAUCUUUGGUAUCAAAUUCGCCGGAAUGGCACGGAACGUGCAGCUCAGCCGCCGCACGAGGAGUUGAAAGAGGAGGACAGUGCCGGGUAUAGCAAGACUUUCGAUAGUGAUGGCCUAGAAAAAUCGCGCGUACGGCGGAUUCUGGCGCGGGUUGCCAAGCUUGUCGGUCAGAUGGAACCACGUAGGGCCUGA